AGAGAGAGAGAGAGAGAGAGGAUUUGGGGGGGAAACCUAAGUACAAAUCUGUCUGCCUCUCUCACAACCUCCAGGCGUACCAGUGUGUGUUGCGCCUCUGCUCUCUCAACUUUUUUUUUCUGAUUACAACUCCUCAGCAACUCUCACUUUUUAAAGUCCCUGGCAGCGGAGGGAUGUUCCCAGGAAGGAGGUUACACCCCAGCUGAACAUUUUCACCUUGGAAAGUUUAAGAGUCAGGCGGAUAACUUCUUCUACGGGGAGUUUGUGAAUGGGGAGCAUUUGGGAAGACUUUUACGCAUCCAGCUGAGUGACGCUAGUGACGUUAGAUGUUUUAAAAGAAAACUUUGUAUUUGCAAGUGUCACAUCCAGAUUCUCAUUUCUCUUUCUUUUCUUCAAUGGCAAGGCAGCGUUUUAAGGAGAUUCUGACUGAUCGAGUCUCUUGAGAGAAACUUUGGUGAACUUCUGCAACAGCGGACUUAAUUUUAUUUCGGCUUCCAUCACUUCUUUUUUUUAAUUUCUACCGCAAGUCGAACGGCCUCUCUUGACCUUUUUCGGGAUCCGUACUUCAACAGCAUUUACUUCACCCCCCCCGCGGAUAUUCAAUUAACUUCGGUUUGGAAGUAAAUUCAGUGGAUAUCAUGCCUCCGACCGGGCCGGAGAAGCGGGCUGUGCUGUGCCGGGUUUGGGCUCUGGUUUUCGCGCUGCUGGUGUGCGUUGCUUCGGUGAAUGGAUGCCCACACAAGUGCAGCUGCUCCGGGUCGCAUGUGGACUGCCAGGGUCUGGGUUUGAAGACCGUGCCUAAAGGAAUACCGAGGAAUGCCGAGCGCCUGGAUUUGAACAGAAACAACAUCACCAGAAUCACGAAAGUGGACUUCUCUGGCAUCAAGAACCUCAGGAUUCUUCAUCUGGAGGACAAUCAAAUCAGUGUUAUCGAGAGAGGAGCCUUUCAAGACCUCAGGCUGCUGGAGAGACUUCGUCUGAACAGAAACAAACUCCAGUUUCUCCCAGAGCUUCUCUUCCAGUCCAACCCCAAACUAGGACGACUAGACCUCAGUGAGAACCAGAUUCAGGCAGUUCCGCGGAAAGCUUUCAGAGGAAUCACCAGUGUCAAGAACCUGCAACUGGACAGCAACCACAUCAGCUGCAUCGAAGAUGGAGCUUUCCGAGCGCUGCGCGAUCUGGAGAUCCUCACCCUCAACAACAACAACAUCACCCUCAUCCCUCUGUCCAGCUUCAACCACAUGCCCAAGCUGCGGACACUUCGUCUGCACUCCAACAACCUCCACUGUGAUUGUCACCUGUCCUGGCUCUCUGAUUGGCUCAGAGCCAGACGGGGCUUGGCUCCAUUCACCCAGUGCAUGGCCCCCGCCCACAUGAGGGGCCUCAAUGUCCCAGAUGUGCAGAAGAAGGAUUUUGUCUGCAAUGGUCCAGCCCAGACAGAAUCGAGGACUUGUGUUCCUCAGCUGGCUGUGUGUCCACCCAGCUGCAGCUGUAACAACAACAUAGUGGACUGUCGUCGCAAAGGCCUCCUUGAAAUACCAGCCAACCUUCCUGAGGGCAUCGUGGAGAUUCGUUUGGAGCAGAACUUGAUUAAAAGUGUCCCAGCAGGAGCCUUUACUGCCUACAAGAAGCUCAAGAGGAUUGACUUGAGUAAGAACCAGAUUUCUGACAUUGCUGCUGAUGCUUUCAGUGGCCUUCGCUCACUCACCUCACUGGUGCUGUAUGGCAACAAGAUCACUGAGCUGCCCAAGGGAUUGUUUGAUGGACUGGUCUCCUUACAGCUACUGCUGCUGAAUGCCAACAAAAUUAACUGUUUGAGAGUCAACACCUUCCAAGAUCUACAGAACCUCAAUCUGCUUUCACUGUACGACAACAAGCUGCAAACCAUCAGCAAAGGACUGUUCACACCUCUGCGCUCGAUCAAGACUCUUCAUCUGGCCCAGAAUCCCUUUAUGUGUGACUGUCACCUGAAGUGGCUGGCUGACUACCUGUUUGACAAUCCCAUCGAGACCAGCGGAGCGCGCUGCAGCCACCCCAGGAGGCUGGCAAACAAACGAAUCAGCCAGGUUAAAGGCAAGAAGUUCAGAUGCACAGGUCAGGAGGACUAUCGCAGCCGUCUGAGCGGCGAGUGCUUCCAGGACCUGGUGUGUCCGGAGAAAUGUCGCUGUGAAGGCACCAGUGUCGACUGCUCCAAUCUCAAAAUGACCCGUAUACCUCAACACAUCCCUGAACACACCACAGACCUGCGGUUAAACGACAAUGAGAUUGCCGUCCUGGAGACUGCAGGGACAUUUAAGAAGCUGCCUAACUUGAGGAAGAUCAACCUGAGCAACAACAAGUUGAGGGACAUUCGUGAGGGUGUGUUUGAUGGAGCUGGUGGAGUUCUGGAGCUGCUACUAACAGGAAACAAGCUAACUGGACUACAGGGACGCAUGUUCAGAGGCCUCACUGGUCUGAAAACUCUAAUGCUGCGGAGCAACCAGAUCAGCUGCAUUGACAACAGUACAUUUACGGGUUUGAGCUCUGUGCGUCUGCUGUCGCUGUACGACAACAGGAUUUCCAGCAUUGCCCCAGGAGCCUUCUCCACCCUGCACUCCCUGUCCACCAUUAACCUCCUGUCCAACCCGUAUGUGUGUGAUUGUCACUUGGCCUGGCUGGGUCAGUGGCUGAAGAAGACCCGGGUGGUCAGUGGAAACCCUCGCUGUCAGAAGCCAGCCUUCCUGAAGGAGAUCCCCAUCCAGGAUGUGGCUACCCCUGACUUCACAUGUGAUGGUGCUGAGGAUAAUGGUUGUCUUCCUGCGUCUGGUUGUCCUGACGUCUGCACGUGCUCAGACGGCGUGGUGCGAUGCAGCAACAGAGGGCUGCACUCUCUGCCCAAGGGCAUUCCCAAGGACACGACUGAGCUUUACCUGGAGGGUAAUAUGCUGACAUCUGUGCCCAAGGAGCUGGCAUCCCUGAAGCAGCUGUCACUGGUGGACCUGAGCAACAACAGCAUCAGCACAUUGGCCCCAUACACCUUCAACAAUAUGACUCAACUAGCCACACUCAUCCUGAGUUAUAACCAGAUUCGCUGCAUCCCGGUCCAUGCCUUCGACGGGCUCAAGUCACUUCGCCUGCUGACUCUCCAUGGUAAUGACCUUUCAACUAUCCCAGAAGGAGCUUUCAACCACCUCACCUCUUUGUCCCACCUGGCUCUUGGUGCCAACCCCUUGUACUGUAACUGUGACCUGCGCUGGCUCUCUCAGUGGGUCAAGGCUGGUUUUAAAGAGCCUGGUAUUGCUCGUUGUACUGGACCUCCUGACAUGGCUGACAGGUUACUGCUCACCACACCACUCAACAGAUUUCAGUGUAAAGGUCCAGUAGAUAUCAGCCUAAUGUCAAAGUGCGCCCCCUGCCUGGCAGCACCGUGCCAAAACAACGGUACCUGUCUGUCUGAAACCACUGGAUCCUACCACUGCACCUGUCCAUAUGGAUUCAAGGGUCAAAACUGUGAAAUACCCAUCAAUGCCUGUAUUAGUUUCCCCUGCUCUAAUGGAGGAACCUGCCACAUACAGUCUGGUCAUGAAGACCACUUCAGCUGCGUGUGUCCGCCCGGUUACGAAGGCCAACGCUGUGAGAUAAACCCAGACGACUGUGAAGACAACGACUGUGAGAACAACUCUACCUGCAUCGAUGGAAUCAACAACUACACUUGCAUCUGUCCACCAAACUACACAGGUGACCUCUGCGAGGAGGUGGUUGACCCUUGUCUCCAUGGUUUCGACCCCUGUCAGCAUGACUCAAAAUGUCUCCGUGUUGGCCGCAGUUACAGGUGCGAGUGUUUACCAGGCUAUGUGGGCCAACACUGUGAGCAGGACUAUAAUGACUGUCUGGAGAAUAAGUGUCAACACGGAGCGGAGUGUGUCGACGCUGUCAACGGCUAUACCUGUGUCUGUAAAGAGGGUUUCAGUGGGCUAUUCUGCGAGAACCCUCCGCCAAUGAUCCUGCUGCAGACCAGCCCCUGCGACCAAUCAGAUUGCCAGAACAGCGCCCACUGCCUGGUGGUUGCUGGGGAGCCCGUCUGCCGCUGCAUGCCCGGUUUCUACGGCAACAAAUGUGACAAGAUGGCCACCGUUCACUUCCUGGGUCGCGAUGGGUAUGUGGAGCUGCCUGGCACGAAGCUUCGCCCCACUGCUCAUAUUUCAUUACAGGUAGCUACAGAUAAAGACAACGGUAUUUUGUUGUAUAAGGAGGACCAUGACCCCCUGGCACUGGAACUUUACCAAGGACACAUACGACUCAUCUACGACAUUGCCAACUACCCACCAACCACUGUGUAUAGCGUGGAGUCGGUGAAUGAUGGGCUUUUCCACACAGUCGAGCUGUUGAUUCAGAACCGUUCGCUGAGCCUGGUGGUGGAUAACGGAGCCCCCAAGAGCCUGGGCAAGCUAGCACGCCAGCCGUCAGUCGACCACAACACUCAGCUUUAUAUAGGAGGUGUACCAUCCCAGGUGGUGGCCUCAGGUCUACGUCCAGGCCCCGAACGUUCUCCACAAGCUUUUAAUGGCUGCAUCCACAAUGUCCGAAUCAACGGGGAGCCUCAAGAUCUGAGUUUCAGGCCCACGGGAGGAGGACAACCACAAGGAGUCGAGGGAAAGGGUGAUGGUAUUCUUCCAGGGUGUCAUACCUGUAGUGUGUGUGCACAGGGUGCAUGCAGGGAGGGUGGAGAGACGGGAGUAACGUGUGACUGUCCUCCAGGACGUAGCGGGGCUCUGUGUGACCAGACGACAACACCAAACCCCUGUCAGAACAGCAGAUGUGUCCAUGGUCUCUGUGUACCGAAGGGUCAGACCUACAGUUGUCAGUGUAGCGAGGGCUACCAGGGUCAGUAUUGUGAUCGACGUCAGGAGCCUCCAGCCUGCAGGGGGCAGCGCUGUGGACACGGGGAGUGUCGCGUGUUAGAGGGAGGAGAACCGGUCUGCCACUGUCAGCCUGGGUACACCGGACCUACCUGUGACACAGAGCUGACAUGUCAAGGAGAGAUGGUGAGGGAGCAGUUGAAGCGCCACCAGCCCAUGAGAACAUGCACAUCCACUAGCAAGAUUCCCCGCAUGGAUUGUCCCCGAUCCUGCCAGGCCGCAGCACCCCCUGGUGUUUGCUGCGGUGUCACCAAGAACAGAAGGAGGAAGGUGGUUUUCCGCUGCACUGAUGGCAGCUCGUACUCCGAGGAGAUGGAAACUGCUCUGGAAUGCGGCUGCUCCAAGUGCCCGUUGUAACAGCAGUGCAGUUUGUUCGUUUUGUUUUGCAACACCCACCGCUGCCAUUUUGUGAAUUCUACAUGUCAACGAGGCUGUCGCUCUGAGAUUUUUCCACAUUGAUGUGCACCAUCAUUAUGUGAUUUUUUUCCUCCACAUUCAGUUUGACCGCUGCCAAUUUGCUGCCAAGAGAAACCACAAACAAAAACAAAAAUGGGACAUGUGUGCGUGUUUUUGACAGAGAGAAAAUAUAUUGUAAGAUAUAAGUGAGAAAAAACAUAGAACUUAUUUUUAUUAUGGAUUUUUUUUUCUAAAAGAUGAUGAAAGGACUGAUGAGUUGUUUUUUAAUAUGUUGAUUAUAUAAUGUGUUACAUAGUAUAAAAAAGUUAUUUUGUACCUUGUAAGAAGAAAAAGUACACCACAAAAUAGAUUAACAUUCCUUAAAAGUAUAUGAAUUUAUAUGUAUGUAUAAAUCUAUAUAAAUAUAUACCCUAACCCAAUGAAUUUUAUAUUUUCUAAGUGUAUUUGCAUGAUGUUAAUGUGAGUGCUGAUGUGUGGGAGGCUUUGGACACUGGGAGAAGAGGGCUGAAGAGAAGAGCUCCGUUGAUUCCACAAUAAGGAAAAGGUGGCAGUCUUUUGUUGCCCUGUCUCUUGGAGGCUAAAAGGGAACUGUAUGUGCCUAGCUAACCUGCUUCACUAUAUAAAGGACAUCAUCCUCACAUGUGAGUUUUUCGAGAAAACAUAAAAGACUCUUUCCACAGAGAUGAUUUAACAGUUUGUUCUAAUGUUGUGUUAUUCUGUAGUUUGCUGUUGCACACCAGACUUGGAGCCACAUGAGGUUUGACAUGAAAAUCUGAAAGACAUUUGCUAUUCAUUUGGAGUUCGACAUAAAUCAGGAUUUCCCAUUCAGAUCAGCAAUAGUGAAACACGGCAUCAUGCUGAGUCUGUACCCAUUGACUGCUGAGAUUUAAAACAGAUACCAAGGCAAUCCCUGAUGAGUCAUGAGAGCUCAUAGCACAGGUUCAGCUGAAACCAGGAAGCAUUUUUUAAUCAAACCACCCAUUCAGAUGUCUUUUGUCAAGAGUAACUUAAUAACAGGCUGAAAAGCAGUGUUUUUGCUGCAUACUCUGAUUCAACAUUCAGUGCUGGCUCUGGUUGCGUGUGGUCAGUGUGUUCUGUUGCACCUGUAACUACCCCCGACAGUGAUGUCACAGUGUACUGACAUGCUAAACCACUGGAGUAAACACAGCAAAGACAACAUUUUCAGCUGGUUUAAGUUGCUCUUUAAAUGGCUGCUCAACAUGGGGUGGUUUUCUGAUUGGUCGGGGAAGCUGUUUUGAAUUGAAUUAAGCCAUUACACCAAAGUCAGCCCUGUUUGCCUUAACAGAUAAGUAAAUGAUUGACAGACGUUGUUGAAGUGCCUAUGUGUACUUAUUCUGGAAUUCAAAAAUGUUGCAAUGCUGCAUUAUUGUCAACACAAUCAAAAUUCUAUAGUGGCCUUCUUUAAAUGAUCCCAUUCACCUGAUCAGGUUGUCUGGACAGACCCUAUGAAAUGUAUAGAAAUCCCAAAGCAAACAAAGUCAAUGGGCCAAAAAUAAGAGAAGCCUUUAUCAUGCCACAGUCCUUUUGUUAUGAAUCAUAGAAAGCGUAUCCUCACAGCCUCAUGUUGAAUGUGAAAUUGAACCCAUUUUUUUUUCCCCUCACAGUUUUGAUAUGUGAUGCAUUCAUUGUGUUAUAUAACAUUACAUGAUGCAGGUUUUAUUAUUUGGUGAACCAUGAUUUGCUUUAAAAUGGAAAAAUUAACAUUUCCAUGGAGCAUGUACUUCAAAAUGUUAGAGAAUCUUUUUUGAUUAUAUGUUUAUGGUUUAGAUUUGGACAGUGUGGAGUGGAGGUUUAAAAAAAUGUCUUUCAGUUAUUGACCUAAAGACAGAGUGCUCCAGUCUGCACAGCAAACCUCCACAUCGACAACUCAGUUGCCUGCAAUAUCAAAGCUUCUUUAACUUUGUCACAUGAAAGUAUCAGAUUUGGACCAAGGUACCACUCAACAGCUGAAAGAAGUUCAACAUCAGUAUGGUUUUUAACCGCCCAUAAGUGACUAACACAAUUACAUAGCAAAAUACUAUAAUGUAACUACUACUGUACUGUUUACUUUAUACAUUGUUGCUUUGUUUACAACAGGUGCAAAGUAUUGUCACACUUUUACAGUUAAUUUACAGCUCUGCUAUUCUGGGUUUGAAACAUAUCAGUAUUAUCCUUGUUUGUCAAUGUAACGGUUUUCCACACCUUCUGUUCCUUCUGUCUGAUCCUUCUCACCUCUGCUCUUCAUACCUUCUCUUCCCCUGCUUUUCUCCCCGUCUGCCAUGAUGUCUUUACUUAAUUUCACGUCUCCCCCCUCUUUUUUCUGAUUCUUUGCUUUCAUUCCUGCUUUCACAACAAUUUGACCUUUUAAAUUGUUGUGAAAUCCCCUUAUCCCCUCUUUUCCUCAUCCUAAAUGUUUACUUCUUCAUUGUGAACAGAAUAAAACACCUCAGUUAUCAGUUAUUGACAGUAAAUAACUGUAAAGUCAGUCAUUUCCAUUUGCCAAGUCCUAGGUUUGAAAUACAAACAUGAAUAUGCGAGUGAUAAUUGAUACUUAUGUUGAAUGUUAAAAUUAAACUACCAUUGAAACUACA